AGCAGAUUCACAUGUGACACUGAAUCAUUGAAUUUCUUUAUCACUUGAAGAUUCAUUAUCUCACGGAAUCAUGAUAAUGCUGAAACUCUGGAAUCUCCUUCUUGCCUAUUCGCUGAUCAGUUGUCAGAUGUACGUCUCACAGGCAGCUCCGCCCAGAACUAGUAAGGAGUCAAUGUCAGAUGGAGUCACACUAUCAAAUGAAGAUGCACAAGGCUUACUCAGAGCUAUCAAGGAGUUCAUGCAGAUAACUUCAGAGGAGCAAGACCACCAAACAGCUGAGGCAAAGAGCAAUGCGACAGCACAGAAGCGGGCGUGCAACACGGCCACCUGUGUGACGCACCGCCUGGCUGACUUCCUGAGUCGGUCGGGAGGAAUAGGACACAGCAACUUUGUUUCCACCGACGUGGGAGCCCAGGCGUUCGGCAGACGGAAGCGGCGUGGCCCCGUGUGAGCACAGGAGCAGAUAUGUGGACCUGGUGCCUCCAAACUACAUCAUCGUCUACCUUCAAAAGCUGGGAAACAUGAACAUAUGCCAUUUAUACGCCAUUCUUCACAAACAUGGACUGAUCUACAGUUUUCAGAAACUCGUUGUUAUUCAUUCUUUGACUCUGAAAUCGUAUAAGUAACUAGCACUGACGUAAUUGUUAGCAAUGCAGGAAAACUGAACAAAAGUAACUUAAAGGAAUGCCAGUGUGUUUUUCUCUGUUUAUGCUUGGAUCAUAUUAUCCUGACAUGUAACUGUACUGCAAACUGGAAGUCUGCACUUCCAAAAAAACAACUACGGCUGCCUUGUGCCUUUGUGCAAUACUUCAUUAAUUUUCUUUAGAGUGCAAAAUGCAAGUGUGAAAAAUGUACUUAUGAUUCUAAAUAUUAUACUGAUUGUUAAUUGAAAGCAGGAAUAAAUUGUAUUUUAGCUACAUAAUG